GGCAAUAAAAACAGCGAAACUGUUAGUAUGAAAAAAAACAUUGUUUGUCUGCUGGGUGCUUUUGUUUUGGUGAUUGGAGUGUCAGCUUCACCCAAUAACAUCUCACAACGAACGUAUAAUCCGGAACAGUUUGCUCUUGGUAUGAAUGUGGCUAACCCUCGAAGGAUUUUGGCUUUGCGAGAGGAGGGAAAGGCUCUCAGAGAAAUUGAAUAUCAGCGCAGGUUGGAUCGAGCAAAGGAGGGAUUCAAAAAUUUGCAACCUGAACUCAAAAUGUAUUUUGCACUGAGCCAGCAGAUACAAUUGGAUCAGGAAACGGUAGACAAAGAGAUAGCCAAAAAUCAGGUGGCACUGGAAAUGGCCGCUAAACAGUUGGCCGAAAUACGUGAAAAAUUAUUGGAAGCCAAACGUGAAUGUCCACCGGAUCAGCCAGCCAACAGAGAACCAAAACCAAGCUACCAACUUGACCGCAAUUGGCAACCGAUCAGACGUAUACGCCCUGGUUUGGUUGCAGUUCCACAUAAUCCGAAUUGGAGACCCAACAGAGGUAUACGUCUGGGUAUUAAUAGAGUCCCUUAUAAUCCUAACUGGAGGCCAAACAGAGGCAUGGAUCGGGAUAAUCCCUACUGGAGACCUUAGAGCCACUUCAUUCCCUCAUGGCCCAGCCACCCUUAACAUUUUCCAAGUUAAAUACGAAGCUACUAGACAAAAAAUAUGUCUGCAAAAUGUAUCUAAAUAUAACUUUUCAAUGGAGA